AUGCCAGUGUCCGCCUCUUCGCAUUAUCCAAUAUCGAAAGAGCAGCUGGAUGAAAUCCGAUUAGGUUGGACUACGUGGACUGCAACAGAGCCUAGGCCUACACGAGAUGCGAGCGGGACACUCCAUUUCGCGUCUCAUCCGGACUUCCAGCCCAAUAAAUCCCCAUCCGAAAUUCUUCGCGAAGGCUCCUUCGGAGGGACGUACUUCCGGCCUCUUUACUCGAAAGCGCUAGGGACUACCAUUUCGGACGACUGGCGCGAACUUCCUUCUUCCUGGGUUAAAGGACUAAACAUUUCAAAGUUUCUAACGAGUUCAGAAUACGAUCCGACGAUCAAUAAGUUCGGCGUCGCGUGUGGUCAGAGCAUCGAAGAAUGGGAGGCGGCCGGGUGGAUUCACCACCAGUACGAUGUUCGUGGAUGGCUUCAGUGGUAUUGUCGCUUCUUCAUGGGCAGACGAUGUGACGAUGAUGAGUGGCAAAUCGGCCGGUGGAUGAGAUGCGCUGGGGAUACGGGACGCUGGAAAAGAGCGCUUCUGAAGAACUAUGUGGCGAUGGGCGUCAGGAAUGUCGCGGACGAGGGCCUUGACGAAGCGGAGAGUGUCAGUCCCGUGAUACACCAGACUUGUCACCACUGGGCCUUCGAGGCUAAGCAGCCUAUCCUCGACGAGUUCUGGGAAACGCAAUAG